AUGUCUCAACCAGUUGAUAAUCAUGAUCAAGAAACCCUCACCUUCUCUAGUAGGCCUAUUUUCGUAAACGGCCCUCUCAUCAUCGGUGCCGGUCCUUCCGGUCUAGCCGUGGCUGCCGGCCUCAAGCUUCAAAAUGUCCCCUUCACCAUUCUCGACAAAGCCCCGUGCAUUGCUUCACUUUGGCAAAACCGAACUUACAACCGCCUCAAACUCCACCUUCCUAAACAAUUCUGUAAACUUCCCCACUUCUCAUACCCACAUAACAUCCCUAAUUACCCAACAAAAUAUCAAUUCAUCGAUUACCUCGAAGCCUACGCGAAUAAGUUCCAAAUCGAGCCGCGGUUCGAUCAGACCGUGAAAUCGGCUCGUUUCUAUCAGAACUGCGGGAUGUGGAAGGUCAAGGGACUCUUGGGGAAUGAGGUCGACGAGUUUGAAUAUAUCAGUCAGUGGUUGGUGGUGGCGACGGGCGAGAACGCGACUCCGUUUAUCCCGGAAUUCUACGGCCUGAAGGACUUUACCGGCCAAAGUAUGCAUUCUUCUGAAUAUAAGUCCGGCGAGGCGUAUAGUCAUAAACGUGUUUUAGUUGUUGGAUGUGGAAACUCCGGCAUGGAAGUCUCGCUCGAUCUUUGCCACUACAAUGCGAUUCCAUUUAUGGUGGUUCGAAAUUCGUUUCAUGUAUUGCCGAGAGAAAUCCUUGGGAAGUCGACUUACAGUUGGGCAGUGAUGUUGAUGAAAUGGCUGUCAUUGAAGACUGUUGAUAAAAUAAUGAUGUUUGCAGCAAAAUUGAUUCUUGGAAAUACAGAGAUGUAUGGAUUGAAAAGACCAGAAAUGGGUCCUUUAGAGAUUAAAGAAAGUAAAGGGAAGAAUCCGGUUUUCGAUAUUGGUAGUUUAAAGAAGAUAAAAUCUGGGAUGAUGAGGAUAGUUCCAGGUGAGAUUGAUAGGUUUGGAAGUGACAGAGUUGAGCUCGUUAAUGGUGAAGUUGUUGAACAGCUUCACUCUGUCAUUUUUGCAACUGGGUAUUCUAGUAAUGUCCCUUUUUGGUUACAGGAAAAUGAUUUGUUCUCGAAAGAUGGAUGCAAAUGGGAUUUUCCAGAUGAAGGAUGGAAAGGAAAAGAUGGAUUAUAUGCAGUUGGUUUCACAAAAGAAGGGUUGUCUGGUGUUUCAAUAGAUGCCAUAAAAGUUGCUGAUGAUAUUGCAAAAAUCUGGAAAAAUAAAAUAAUGAAAUCAAAUUCACCCUAG